AUGGGUGCACCUAACAUGGACUUCUUAGUGCGCGAAUCCUCUUAUUUAUUCAAAGAUCAGCCGAUGGCGUUCGUUAGAGUCGGCACCUGCGGUAUCUUCAAACCAAAUGUCGCUCCAGGGGCUCUUUGUCUUGCAGAUAAAAUCUACUAUUGCCAGAGGAAUUACUCUUAUUUUGAUGGUAAUGUAACAGAAGGAAGCUCUUUUUCUGACUCUCCUUAUCUUAUCUCUGGGCCUGUAAAAGGCGAUGAAGAACUAAUUGAAAAAAUAAAAAGUAAUUUAGGAAAGAAAGAUGAUGUUGUUGUGCUCAAAGGACCCGCAAUUAGUGCAGAGACUUUCUAUAGCUGCCAGGGUCGGCGUUUCCCUGAUUUUUCUGACGAAAACAAAUCGUUAGUCGACACUUUUGUUGAUUUAGGAGUAAUAGGGUGCGAGAUGGAGUCGCAUCAAUUAUAUCACCUUUGCAAACAACGAACAGAUGCAAACCCAAAGAAAACAAAGACCAGAGCUGCCUCAGUUUGUUUAGGAGUUGUUAACAGAGUUGAUCCGAGCACCCCGGCGCACUUAACAAGACAAAGCGAGGAGUCGACGAAGCAAACAGUUUUGGCUGCGGCAGGGGCUGCGUUGGAUGCGUUGAUAUCGCUGCCUCUGUAA